AUGGCAGACACCUUCUCGUCCGCUGGUCGACGACUAAGUCAGAUCAAGGAUUCCAUCAUGGGUAAAACCGCGAGCACUAUUCCUUGGGACCCAGACUCAACAUCCUUCCCGACGAGGAAGAACUUACCCAAGAUCGUCGGUGCUCCAGAUGAGGCGGCCUGGGUAUGGGGCAAAGACGACUUUGUCGGACGCUUGAAUUUACUCACUCCGACGCGGGUCAAGGCAGCAGCUGCAGAAAUCCGCACAGGUGAGAUGGCACGGCUUGACCUGCCCACCAACAUUCCCGAACAGCCAGCCUUUGGCCGUCAGGUUUUCGAGCACAAGAUCAUCGACCUCCACGAGGGGUGUGCUUUUGAUGAUGUUUACCAUAUGAACACCCAGUCUGGCACCCAGUGGGAUGGCUUCCGCCACUUCGCUCACAUGCCCAGCAAGACAUUCUACAACAACACGCACGCCGCGGACGUAAUUGGUGAGAAUGCAAAUGAGAAGUGCAGUAUUCAUCACUGGUCAACCCACGGUUUCAGCGGCCGUGCCAUCCUACUGGACUAUCGCUCAUGGGCAAACAGCCAAGGCAUCAAAUACGACACGGCGACCUCGCACGCAAUCAGCUAUGACGACCUCUUCCAGGUGGGCAAACACCAAGGCCUCGACAUCCGGCCCGCCUCACAAGGCGGCGACGUAAAAAUUGGGGACAUCUUGCUGAUCCGGUCGGGUUGGACAGAGGACUUCUACGCGCGCUCGGUGGAGGAAAGAUCGAAACUCGCACUUCGCGGCCAUGGCGAUUCGCACGCCCAAGAGGCACAGUGGGCGGGCAUCAAGCAGGAAGAGGCCAUGAAGGAUUGGCUGCACGACUGCUAUUUCAGCGCUGUGGGUGGGGACGCACCUUCUUUUGAGCGCUGGCCGACGCCGGAGAGCUAUUAUCUGCAUGAAUAUAUUCUCGCGCUGUGGGGCAUGCCGUUGGGGGAGAUGUUGGAUCUCGAGAAGGUCAGUGAGUUGGCCAAGAAGAAUAAGCGUUGGACGUUUUUCUUCACCAGUGCCCCGGCGAAUUGUCCGAGGGGGGUCAGUAGUCAUGUUAAUGGGACGGCUAUCUUUUAG